AUGUCUAACACGCAUCAUGAUCGUGAUCGCUCUAGCAAGCACAAGCAUCACAAGAGCAGCAAAUCUGGCCGGUCCAAGACUACUGAGAGCAGUAACAGCGGGUGUUCGUGGCCCGUAAACGGAGACGUGAGCUUCCUCUUCGUCGUGAAUGAGCUGGAGAUCAGGUUCCGUGACGAACAAGGCCUUGACAGUGGUAUACGGAAGGAUGACUGGCUCAAUGUGUUGCCCCCCAACACCCCGGAACUCUACUUGCCGGAGACACUCCAACAUGUCAGUCAGGUUAUGAGAUUUCGGAACGGGGAAAUUACACCUGCUGGCCCUGCUUACUAUUGGGCACGCGCUGGGCAGUUUGACGAAGGAUACAUCGCCAUGGCGGCGGGAGAGACCCAAUACGCCCUUCAAAAGUACAAGUCUGGGUCGGUCUUCUCCUGCAACCCAUCGCUGCCGAUUGUGACCCUUGAAGGCGAUGCGAGGACCAACACGGACCCCGACUUCAACGUCUUGCAGUUCCUUCAUCAACGCAAUGCUGACUCGGACAGCAAUGGCGUCUCCCUGGCUGCAUUCUCGAUGGACCGUCAGUCUCUUGGGCUUGGCGGCGAGCUUCCCAUUGUCAUCGGACUCAUGGCGUUCCACGCUUCUCCCGACGGCGGCCGAACCGUCAAUGACGUUUUUCUUGGACGCGGAGAAAGUGACACUCUUUCAGAGCAGGACACCCCCCGUGGCUACCUGGUGCACAUCUGCCUGGACCCUGAGAACCAAACGGGCUCUACAUUCGACUCUCUGUCCAUGCUUGAGUGGAAUGGCGUUCUUGUCCAAGGCUAA